CAUCUAGUCUGACAGUUCUUUGACCUCUCCUUCAAAUCUGUCAAAUUCCUCUCUUGAUUAAUGAACAAGUAUAACCAGACUUCCAUAGUAUAAUGAGAGUAUCUUUGUCAAUACUAACACUGGAGACGUCUACUCACGGCAUCGAACUUGUCUAAGACUCCAAAAGACUGUCAGGAAAGCUGGAUAACACUAGGAUGGAACCAGAUAACAGGCCUACUGGUAUAAGACUCCCCACAGGUCUUGUCCUCGUGACAGUGUGUAUGCCCUUACUGUUGUCUUCAGGGAGGCGACUGUUGAGCAGAAUGGCAGCCUCAGCGAGUUAUGUGGCAGGCACUCACUCUAUGGCCUUCGUCACCGCCCCAUCACAGGAAGUUGCCAAAAAGAUUGCUAGCGGUCUGGUGAAGAACAAGCUGGCGGCCUGUGUUAACAUCAUCCCCAACGUUGUGUCUGUGUAUGAAUGGAAAGAAGAAAUUUGUGAAGAUGCAGAAGUUAUCAUGAUGAUCAAGACAAGAACAUCCCGCCUGGAGGAGCUGACCAAGUACGUGCGGGAGAACCAUCCGUACGACGUGUGUGAAGUCAUAUCCUCUAAGAUUGAUCAGGGGAACCCACCGUACCUGGACUGGAUUAGUGAGAUAGUUCCGGAGAAGAAAUAAACAUCUCUACCAUCUUGUAGUCCUCCCACGACCUGUGAGAGAUGAGGAGAAAUAUGUUCCUCUAUGAAACAUUGUCAGUUUGUGUCUUGAGGCAUUUUCUACAAUAUUGUAUUUAUAGUCGGUAAAGAUACGAGUAAUCGCCAUUAUCUUGUGAGCGAUAAAAUAUUUGUGCUGUUAAUAACGGGAAGAAUCUUACUGGUUUCUUGUGGACGUGAACAUAUGACACUCGUUGGCCCUAAAAGCUUCAGCAAAAUGUGGCUGUGAGGUUGUGGGACGGUCAUGCCAACUGUAAUGCAGCUUUUGUUAUUUCCAGGAGAUUAUUAUUUAUUAACUCUGUAUGCUUGAGGUGAAAUCUGUGUAUAGAACCUUAAUCUGCAAAGUCUCCUUGAUAAAUACAUUACCUGGAAUUUUUAUGAGAUUGUCAGAAUGUAUUUAAUUGCGUUCAUUACUUGAAGGUGAUAAGUGAUAAAUUUUACAAAGAUACCAAAUUUAAUGCUGACAGAAUUAUGUUUUUUGUAAAGCUGAUUCACCUCACCAUUGGCCUUCAAUUAAAAUAUCAAUGUUUUUUUA